AUGGGGAGAGGCAUAAAGACACUUGGGAAUGAGGGGUUAGACAGGAGAAACUGAGGCUGGAGAAGAGGUCAGGCCACUUCCCAACUCUCCAAGUUGGAAGGCCGGGGCCACUCUGAUCCCAAAGGUUCUACCAGCCUGCCUGGUAAGUGCGGGGAGAGAAGAGGGGUGUCAUCGUCAGCAGUCAGCCCCUCCCCACCCCUUCCUGAUUUACCACGCCCCGGGGCGGUGUGCAGGGGUGGGAUGGGUGACCGAGGGGGUGAGGGAGCAGUAGGGAGGAGGAAAGGCGACGGAGAGAAAUGGCUCCGGGUCUUCCACUCUCAGCAGGACCCCCACCCUGGCCUCUGGUUCGGGAAAGCCGCCCAGCUGUUUCUGAUUCUUUCCUGCUUGCAGCCCCGCCCGAGGGGGUGGGGGACCGAAGCACUGGGGUAGCCGGGAGAGACUAAGUUCUGCUCAGCCGGGGCGGUAAAGGGCGGGGAGUCCUUGUCCGGUCCGCAGGUGUGCCCCCUCUGCUUCUGCCAUCGAUUCCCGGUCCACAGGCCAGAGGGGAGCAUCGGGGCCGGCAGGCGGGCGUGAACCAGGUCUAAACAUUGUUUGCGUGCAGGGGGUGCGGUGGGCAGUGGGUCGGAGGAACGAGGAGCAACAAGCCCUAGAUGAGAGAAGCCCCUACCUGAAGCCGACUGCCCAAAGAGCCCCAGUUGGCAACUUUGAACAGGAGUUAAGAUCCUCCCGCAACUCCCCGUGACAGAGGUUCUACCCAUUUCACAGAAGCGCAAGAACCGAGAGAGGACCGAGGAAAUGAGUGCAUGCUCAGUGGCUCAGCUCCGGUGUCACUGUAGGUUAGAGAACAGAGGGGAAGUGUCUGCGGCCCCCUCACUCUGCGCUCCUGGCCAUCACCCACAGAAGUUAGGGUUGCCAAUUGAAGGGCGCUAGGACCCGGUGGCGCUGCGUCGGCCAGGAUUGGGCGCUACGGGUUCUGAAGGGCUCCCCCGCACCCCGUCGCGGCCCGCCGAAGCAGGUGAGGGCGCGGCGCGGUGCUCCGCGGAGAGCCGAGGGGCGGAGGGGGCCGCCACACCUAGGGCGCUGCGAAGCGCCCGGGGCUGGCGCAGGCGGAGCCGCCCAGAGGGCCGCGCGUGUCCCCGGCUUCGGCCCCGCCCCGCGCCGUCCAAUGAGAGCCCGCGGCCGAGGGGCUGUCCGCACACACUCAACCCGCAGCCCUACUCCGCGCCACCGACCCCCUGACACCGCGCCCAGCGCCGGGGCAGCGCGUCCCAGACCCGGGGCUCCGCGCGCCGCCGUCGGCUUCCGGAACCCGUUCCCUGAGCCCCCUCCGGGACCCUGCGCCCCGGCUCCCGGACUCCAGGUGCCCCUGGGUGCCCCGCCGCCGGGCCCUAUGGCCCCCCAAGGGGGUGAGGUAGGAGCAGCCUGAGUACCCUGAGCCGGUGCCCCGUCCACGCCCCUCCGGGUCGCGCGGCGGGAGUCAUCGGGGAGCUAUGCUGAAGCCGGGUGGUGCGGAGGAAGCCGCACAGCUCCCCCCUCGGCGCGCCCGCGCCCCUGUCCCCGCGCUCCCGCCAGGACCCGCGGCCCCCGACGGCUCUCGGGCUUCGGCCCGCCUCGGUCUUGCCUGCCUGCUGUUGCUGCUGCUGCUGACGCUGCCGGCCCGCGUAGACACGUCCUGGUGGUACAUCGGGGCACUGGGGGCCCGAGUGAUCUGUGACAAUAUCCCUGGUCUGGUGAGCCGGCAGCGGCAGCUGUGCCAGCGUUACCCAGACAUCAUGCGCUCGGUGGGCGAGGGUGCCCGAGAAUGGAUCCGAGAGUGUCAGCACCAGUUCCGCCACCACCGCUGGAACUGCACCACGCUGGACCGGGACCACACUGUCUUUGGCCGUGUCAUGCUCAGAAGUAGCCGGGAGGCAGCAUUUGUAUAUGCCAUCUCGUCUGCAGGGGUGGUCCAUGCUAUCACUCGUGCCUGCAGCCAGGGAGAACUGAGUGUGUGCAGCUGUGACCCCUACACCCGUGGCCGACACCAUGACCAACGUGGGGAUUUUGACUGGGGUGGCUGCAGUGACAACAUCCAUUAUGGUGUUCGCUUUGCCAAGGCCUUUGUGGAUGCCAAGGAAAAGAGGCUUAAGGAUGCCCGGGCCCUCAUGAACUUACAUAACAACCGCUGUGGUCGCACGGCUGUGCGGCGGUUUCUGAAGCUCGAGUGUAAGUGCCAUGGCGUUAGUGGCUCCUGUACUCUGCGCACCUGCUGGCGUGCACUCUCAGACUUCCGCCGCACAGGGGAUUACCUGCGGCGGCGCUACGAUGGGGCUGUGCAGGUGACAGCAACCCAGGAUGGCGCCAACUUCACAGCAGCCCGCCAAGGUUAUCGCCGUGCCACCCGGACUGACCUUGUCUACUUUGACAACUCCCCAGACUACUGUGUCUUAGACAAGGCUGCAGGUUCCCUAGGCACUGCGGGCCGUGUCUGUAGCAAGACAUCCAAAGGGACGGAUGGUUGCGAAAUCAUGUGCUGUGGCCGAGGGUACGACACAACUCGAGUCACCCGUGUCACCCAGUGUGAGUGCAAAUUCCACUGGUGCUGUGCAGUGCGGUGCAAGGAGUGCAGAAACACUGUGGACGUCCACACUUGCAAGGCCCCCAAGAAGGCAGAGUGGCUGGACCAGACCUGAAUGUAGAAAUACCUCACUCAUCCCUCUACUUCAAAACUCCUGGCUCAAAAGCACAAGAUCUUUGCAUGCACGCCUUCCUCUACCCUCAGCUCUGGGCUGCUACAGUUUCUAUUUAAGGACUUGGAAAGCAAUCCAGAAGGACUCUGGUGUCCUGACUGGUUCCUUAGCCCUGGGAAGGAGUUGACAGGGGAUGUAAGAAACUGAACAGCUCCCUGACUGCCCCCUCUGGAGGUUAGAAGGGAGAGGGGAAGAGGUGGGAGUCUUCAGAGUGAUAUAAGUUGCACUAAAGCACAUGGUCAAGGCUCAUUUUUCCUUUCCUUUGCACUGGCUUCCUGACAUUUCUUGUGUGUGCAAGAGGAAGGGUACCUGGAGAGAGCUUCUUUGUGUUCCUACCUGACUAAGGGUAGAUGGGACAGAGAUGGAACCACAUCUCUUCCCUGGGUCAGUUUGAGCAGACUGCCUGGUACCCCAAAAGAAACUCUCAGGCUACAACCUUCUUCCAUUAUCCCAGAGCCUGGGAUUCCUAGGUAAGAGUUAGCCGUAGUGGACAAGGUUCCAUUCACAUGCUCAUAGGUUUAUAAACUGCUGUAUUUUGUAGGGGAAAAAAUUAUAUAACUAUACAAACAUACAUUCUCUUCCAACCUCCCUCUUCUUUUCAACCUAUAUCAGAUAGCACUGCCCCUUGCUCACUUGCUGCCUGUUCAAACCAAGUGGCAUGUAGUGGUUCUUAUGCCUAAUAGAUCACUAGAAUACCCUGGAACACUCCUGAGAAAGAAUAAUUUAGUAAGCCUGCCUAGGCCUUUGGGGUUUUAUUUUAUUUUUUUACAGUUUCUAUGCAUUCUUCUGGAGGUCAACUAGGUUUGGGAAACACUUAGUAAAAGAUAUGUGACUCAUGGAGGGUAGGAAAGGGUAGCAGGCCUGAUCUCAAGGGCCCCACAUGAGGCAUCAGGGUAUACUAGUCAGGUAGGGAUCUCUGGCUUUGGCAAUUUUUAGGAGAGAAUCCUAGUCUUUGAAGUUGGGCAUGGAAGCCAGUGGCUACAGAGGAAAAGAGAGCUGGGGCUUUGGGGCCAAAGUGGUAAACAACUUAAAAAACAGCCUUUCCCCAUUUAUUGAACAAAUUUUUAUUUAGUGGCUCUCUAAGUUCUGGGGAUUAUUACUGUUCACUCCAUGUUUGGCUUAAACAGGGGAGUUCCUUCUAUGCUACUACCUGCUGCCUAACUAAGCUUGCAGUAGUGGAGUCUCCAGAGAUAGCAGGCUUUGUAAGCUACAAGCUAUGAUAUGGAGUCCCAAAAACUGUGAUGUCCUAUUUUUAUGUGACUUAGACAAUGGCUAUCUUUUGAUAAUUUAAGAGAGCAGAGUGGUAUAGAAAUUUGCAGUUAUGACACACCUGGGUUGAAAUCACAGUUGUGCCAUUUACAGUUUUUGAUAUUUUGAGCAAGAUACCCAAAUUCUACAAGCCUCUAUCAUCUCGUCUGUAAAAUGAGGUUAUAAACCUAUCUCAGAUACUGAGUUUUAAUUGUGCCCCCCAAUUCCAGCCAACAGACACUCUUACCAAAGUUCCUAACUGGUCUAGCCCAUCAUGACUUCUCUUGAAACCUUCCGUUUACAAUUGCAAAGUAUUGACAGCAGGCUGUUGAUUAAAGGGCCUACACAAGGAAUUCUGAACAUAGGCGCCCACCCCCCCUCCAAGUUCCUCUCCAACAUCCCUUGGGGUCCUCACGUGUUUGUAGAACAGCUUCACUCUGCACAGGCAGCAGAGGAUAGGGGAGCCAGAGCUCUGGGCCAUGGGGGCAGAUUUAUUUGGAUGAUAGGACUAAUAUUUGUGUAACCUGCUGAGACCUGUGUGGGAGAGUUUGGGGUGGUUUUUCUUUUGGUGAGGGGUUUGCUCCGGUUUCAUAUCCAUUAACACAAAACAUGAGCUAGUCAGGGCCCUUGUGGUCUGCGGUGAGGGGAUUCCUGUGGAGAAAUGGGACUGAGUGAGUCAGGCCAGGGGAAUGUCUUCCUUGCAGAGUGGAGUCAACUGGAUAACUGAUGAGCCAAUGGUGGGAUUAGGGAGGGGGAAAUGGGAGGGAAAGAGAAGAGCUUCUGACAUCUUGAGCUGGGAUUAGGAGGAGGAAAGCCUUAGCAUAGUGGGAAGGUAAGGGGGUCAAAGUCAGUCUGAAUCAAGAAUACAGCUGAAGGAAUUUACAUCAGGGUGUUUGGGUAGAGCCUCAGGUCCCAGUCAGCCCCUGCUCUCACAAGAAUGCCCAGGUAACCACAUAAAUGACAGCUAGGCCUUCCUGGGACUUCAACCCAAGUUCAAUCUGCCUGUGCUGUCACCUAUUCCUUUUCAGUUCUUACCCUAUGAAGGAAGUUGAGCCUCUUCUGGCAUCUCGUACUGCUCUGGGCUUCCCCUGGGCUCCAAAUUCUAGUUCAUAAAGACCCAAGUUUUGUAAUUUACUAUAAAUGGUUAAGAGAAAAGCAAGCUGUCCAGAGAGUGAAAAGUUUGAAUAGUGGGGUGGAUAGCGAAAGAAAAGAGGUCCAUGUGAGCCCCACUACAGAGGCAAUGUGGUCCCAAGAAGGGAUGGAUGAUGGCCAAGCAAUUAAUUUUUCCUCGUAUUUCUUAGCUUGCCUCUGCAUUGUGACUGGCUUUGGACAACUGGCGUCUAUUCUGCAAUAAAACAAACAGAAACUAA